GAUCAAGAACACAAUAUCGCUUUCUGCCCUGCUUGCUGUUGUGGACCAGGAGGUAGACAGCCCGAUCUUCAAUGAUUUCCACAUGUCAGCCGUGUUCACCCAGGUGGCUUAUUUCAAAAAGCAAAAAAAGAUUUCAUUAAGUGAUGCCAGGAGUGGGGUCUGGCCCAGAAUCUCAGCCAGAUUGCGCAAUUUGCUCCAGAAAGACGCAGUCCCGCCACGUGCCAUUGCGAAUGUCCUUUGGGCGCUUGUCGAAGUGUAUCCCCACAUUGGCGCACAUGUCACUGCUGCAAUCCCAGCUCUGGUAGGUCGUCUGGGAGACAAGGCAGACGUCAUGAACGAGUUCGACCUAUCCAAUUGCCUUUGGGCUAUUGCCCACCUGUAUGACUCAGAACCAGCCUUACUCAAUGCUGUGCAACCACUUGUGGAAACCACUUCACGCAAGGCCAACGACUUUGUUCCGCAAGCUCUGUCAAACAUUUUGUGGGCUGCAGCCAGGCUGCAAGAGGCAGCACCCAGCGUCCUGGAGGCAGUGAAGCCCCUCGCUGAGCAAGUUUGCCAGAAAGUUGAUGGCAUGGCACCUCAAGCCUUGUCAAAUAUUGCGUGGUCUGCUGCUAAGCUGCAGAACAAAGCACCCACUGUCCUCAAGGUGAUACCAUGCAUCGUUGAGCGCAUACCCGCGAAGGUCAAUGACAUGACGCCUCAAGCCUUGUCAAACAUCUUGUAUGCGGGUGCUUGUCUCCAAGAGGCAGCCCCGGCUAUCCUGAUGUCCUUACCGUCCGACGUUGCACCAGGCGUCCUGACGGCUUUGCCCAGCAUCAUUGCUCAGAUUCCCCAAAAUCUGCUCAAGAUGAAGGCGCCAGAAGUGAAGAUGUCUCGCUGGGCAGCAACCCAGCUCACUGAUGAGGCUUGUGGCACGGUUGCACUCCAUGCUCAGAGAGGACAAGUAGACAACAUGGUUCCUCAAGACCUUUCGAAUAACCUCUGGGCGGCUGCGAAGUUGCAAGAUGCAGUGCCGGAGGUGCUUGCGGCAGUUGCUGCUAUUGCAGCUCGCAUCCCCAAGAAGGUCGAAGACAUGGUUCCGCAAGCGCUGUCAAACUGUCUGUGGGCAGCUGCGAAGUUGCAAGAUGCAGUGCCAGAGGUGCUUACAGCAAUUCCUGCUAUUAGAGCUCGCAUCCCCGACAAGGUAGAAGACAUGAUUCCUCAACACCUGGCCAAUAGCCUCUGGGCGGUUGCGAGGUUGCAAGAUACAGUGCCGGAGGUGCUUGCGGCUGUUCCCGCCCUUGCGUCACGUAUCCCUGACAAGGUGGAGGACAUGGUUCCUCAAGAGCUGUCGAAUAACAUUUGGGCGGCUGCGAAGUUACAAGAUGCAGUGCCAGAGGUGCUCACGGCAGUUCCUGCCAUUGCGUCACGUAUCCCCGACAUGGUUAACGAUAUGGUUCCUCAAGACCUGUCCAGUAACCUUUGGGCGGCUGCAAGGUUGCAAGAUGCAGUACCGGAGGUGCUCAGGGCAGUUCCUGCCAUUGCGGCACGUAUCCCUGACAAGGUAGAGGAGAUGGUUCCUCAAGCGCUGUCAAAUUGUCUGUGGGCAGCUGCGAAGUUGCAAGAUGCAGUCCUGGAAGUGCUUACAGCAGUUCCUGAAAUUGCGGCACAUAUCCCUGACAAGGUAGAAGACAUGAAUCCUCAAGCGCUGUCGAACAGCUUCUGGGCGGUUGCGAAGUUGCAAGAUGCAGCACCGGGGGUUCUCAUGGCCAUGCGCGCCCUAUCUCAGCAACUGACUUGUCAAAUUAUGGCCCUGAAGCUGCAAGAGCUGCAAAUGUCUGCGUGGGCAGCUUCAGAGCUUGGUGAAGAUGAACUAGAAAGUCAACUCAAGAAGGAGUUGGCUCAGCGAAAGCGCUGA